CCAUAUCUUUGUGUAGCAGGCACCAGUGACGCAAGCGUUGUCGGCCUGUUCGCUGUGGUCGGCUCCACCCAACUGCACAAGUAGGCAGAAAACAACUUUGCAGUCAGCGCAGGUUGAGCAUGGCGUCUGUAUCCUACUCAUGAAAGUUUAGGAAACUUGAUCUGUCGAUUAAAAGAAGCAUGUAUCAAAACUUCUAAUAGUUUUUCGUGUAUCCAAUGACAAAUCGUGAGCUGAAUCGACACCGAAGACAUGGAAAAAUACGCUGGCGAGCAAGUUUGAAGGCGUGCUUUGGUUAAAUAGCUAGCUAGCUGGCCGGCUACCUAUGCAGCUGGCUAGGUAGUCAAGGUGCUAACCUGUUUCAUGUGCGUAAUUUGCUCGACCAUAGAGUCAAAUUGAAGUAGCGAUUUUAACUCAACAGCUUUGAGCAAUUAGUCGACCCUAUCGUCGUUAGAUUUUGAAAGUUGUCGUCUUCAGUUUGGACGGAAAACAUGGCCCAGCAGCAGUCACCGGUGCCUGUGCAAGUCCCUGGAAUGCAGAAUUCCCGGGCGGACCCCGAGGAGCUGUUCACCAAGCUGGAGCGCAUCGGCAAGGGCUCGUUUGGCGAGGUGUUCAAGGGCAUCGACCACCGCACCCAGAACGUGGUGGCCAUCAAGACCAUCGACCUGGAGGAGGCAGAGGACGAGAUCGAGGACAUCCAGCAGGAGAUCACCGUCCUCAGCCAGUGUGACAGCCCCCACGUCACCAAGUACUAUGGCUCAUAUCUCAAGGGGAGCAAGCUGUGGAUUAUUAUGGAGUACCUGGGUGGUGGAUCCGCACUAGACCUGCUGCGAGCAGGUCCCUUUGAUGAGUCCCAAAUAGCAACCAUGUUGAAGGAGGUGCUUAAAGGCCUGGAUUACCUCCACUCAGAGAAGAAGAUCCACAGAGACAUCAAAGCGGCCAACGUCCUGCUGUCUGAGUCUGGCGAGGUGAAGCUGGCGGAUUUCGGGGUGGCGGGCCAGCUGACGGACACCCAGAUCAAGAGGGAGACGUUCGUGGGCACGCCCUUCUGGAUGGCACCAGAGGUCAUCCAGCAGUCGGCCUAUGACUCAAAGGCUGACAUUUGGUCGUUGGGCAUCACGGCCAUAGAGCUGGCUAAAGGGGAGCCGCCCAACUCGGAGAUGCACCCCAUGCGCGUCCUCUUCCACAUCCCCAAAAACACGCCGCCCACCCUCAACGGAGACUUCUCCAAGACCUUCAAGGAGUUUGUGGACUUGUGCCUGAACAAAGACCCUACCUUUAGACCAACUGCUAAGGAGCUGCUGAAGCACAAGUUCGUCCUGAAGCACGCCAAGAAGACCUCCUACCUCACCGAGCUCAUCGACCGCCUCAAGCGCUGGAAGAUGGAGGGACACAGCGACGGAGACUCAGACUCAGACUCAGAAUCAGAGUCCAGCAACAAGGAGAACGACAACUCCCAACCCGAGUGGUCAUUCACCACCGUGCGCAAGAAGAAACCUCAAGACAAGCUCAACGGCACAGAUGAUCUUCAGAAGAGAGCAGCAGUGUCUGCGGUGAUGGCCCCUGUUAUAGCAGAGCUGAAGCUGCAGCACAGGCCUGGUGUGCUGGAGGAGCUGGAGAGGAGUCUUCAGGCAGCUGAAGAGCAGUGUCCCGGCCUCACCGACAAGAUGGUCAACCUCAUACUGCACAGGGUCAAGAGGUUCUCCUAGUCCCUCUGCAGUUUUGUGCCGGUGGUUUCCUCACACCACCAAUGCACUGAGAUUCACACACACACACACACACACACACACACACACACACACACACACACACACACACACACACACACACACACACACACACACACACACACACACACACAAACACACAGAGUUGGAUCUCAAACACUCACUUACACAUGCACACACUCACGCGUGGAACCCAAGUCUCCCCUCCUAACCCCCUGUCCUGACGAGGUCCACACAUGGGCACGUGUACACGUGGGCAGGAGGAGGAGAAGAGGAUGCUGCCCGGCUCGCUUUUCCACAGUCCUCUACCGCACAGCACUGCAUCAGAACCUAACCCCUCCCAGGAGCCUUCCGCACCACACUAGACCCACACACACGAACACUGAUACAAACACCAGACCCAUACACAUCAUACACCACACAGCACAGCAUCAGAACCCCACCUCCCACCCCCACCCUUUCCACCGAGGCUUCCGCACCGCCUCAGACCCACACACACCUACGCCCAUACCAGCCCACCUCUCAGAGGCUCCUCUGGACAUCAGAAGCUUCUCCCCUUCCCUCAAAGCUUACCGCACUGCAUCACAAUCCCCUCCCCCACCCCCUCUGAGCCUUUUUGCAGGAUGUGACACGUCUACACAGGAACUACCAAAAGGAAUUCCUCUUUCCCAAAGAUCUGCAUUUUUGGACAUUGUAUUUAUGGAUGUUUGUUUUUAACUUUUUUUUUCCUUUUCUUUUCUAUUCUUUUUUUUUUCCUCUGUGUAUCACUUGUUGCCCGAGGUUUCUGUGUGUGGUAUCUGAGCUGUUUGUGAUACGCAUAUGGAAAAUGUAGUGUGUCAUAACAGUAGCAUACAUUUUCUGAGAUGUCAACAUGUAUAAUGCACUCACAAUUAUAUUUUUCCUCUUCUCUUUUUUAUUGUAGGGUUACAAUAACAAACUUUGUUCUUUCUGUAUAUCAUAUGACAGGCAUAUCCUGUGUAGUACUUCAAGUGAAAUCAUAGGAUCCCCUGCCUGUCUGGCGCUUUACCAGGGAAGGGAUUGCAUAGAAUAAGGAACAUAGCUAGCGAUUCUUCCUGGUCUUAAUAUAUAUGUGUGAGUUUUUUUAGGGCCAUAAACGUGUAUUUAAUUCUGGAGAGACAUUUGUCAUUGUCUGUUUGACAAUGGUACACACAGAGGCCGACACACACACACACACCUUUUGACACACUGUUAAUUGUAGCAUUAUACAUAACUGCUGUAUGGGAGACAUGUCAUCGUGUCACAUAUUAUGGACUAUGUACCUCUCUAUCUACACACACACACACACACACACACACACACACACACACACACAAACUUACCCAAUCAUAGGCAAGCAAUCAAAUACUGAGAGGGGGCAACAUAAUCAAGGAUUUCUCAUCAGAUGUAUGUGUUUAUUUGUUUUUCAUUCAUACUAAUUAUGGGACUGAGUCUGCCAUUUGUAGUCGAUGUGUCUUAUUCAGUAGAAAAAAAGGGUGAAAUUUUGCUGUGCAAAAGGUGUUUAGGUUAAUUCAUGUUGGAAUAGAAAAUUAGAGACGUUUGGUUUUAGCUGUCAUUCACAGGCAUCGACGCCUGGAGCGAUCAUGUUGCAGGAGAACAUGCCUGUCAUUGGACACUGAGCAAUAAGGAAGUAACAAAAUGGAAAAAACACAAUGGGUACAUCCCAUUAUCCUAACUCUCGUCCUCCACCCACAACAACUUUUGGGGGACUUUUCCCCCAUUCACCAUCUCGAUUGCAAAUGAGAACGGGACCUUUGAAUUGCGCUUUUGCGUCUUGCGAUGUCAUCACAAGACCACAAGCACAGGUGAGGGUGGGAGUUAAGAUAAUGGAACGAAUCCAACACGGAGAGCAUCACUGGUUUGGUUACUGGUCAACCCCAAAAGCUAACUGCAGUCCGUCAAGAGUAGAGAAGUCGCAGGUGUCGACUUUGAAUAUUUAUGUUUAGUAUUUAAUAGUUGCAGGAUAGUUAGCACCGCCCUACAUACAUUUACAGUCAACUUAUCAAAACAGGCCUCGGUAGACUGAAACACAGAAUUUGAUUACGGGCAGUGGGAGACUUCUACAAUUUGUUUAUGUUCGUGAUGUUUUUGUCCUCGUUUAGGAAUGCAUCGAACUCUGAGACUUAUCUUGCCUCCUCCUCCUCCUCCUUUUCUGUUCAUGUUGAUCUGUUCAUCCUCCCUCGUCUCCUUCACUUUUUCUUUCUCUUCUCUUUGUGGGAGACAUACUGUAUACUUCUGAAGGAAAAUAUGCACUGCAUACACUUUUUUUUCGCGGGGUUGGGUUUAUUUUAUAUACUUUUUAAGAAGACAAAAAAAGUCCAAUUCCAGACAUUCCCCUGCUCUCCGAGUGGAUCUCGGAGGGGAGUGUCCUUAGUCUGGACAGUUGUACGUGACACUGCAGUAAAACAAAGGAACCAAAAGGAGACGGGAUACGCUGAAAUCAGAAGUGCAUAUUCUAUAUCUAGCUCUAGUUUGGGAUGCAUAGCGAGUUUGGUACACAGGUUGUAGUUGCAUAGUUUAUACUAGUGUGGAUGCUUUUUUUUUUUUUGUUCGGGGCAGGUGUAUUGUUUGAUCUUCUUGAUUUUUUUUUGGGAUUUUUUUUAUAAAUAUAUGUUAGAAUCACUUUUUGAGGUCUUUUGAGAAGGGACUGUUUUCGCCAAGCUCCAAAACUAUCAGGUGCCAUCUGUGGAUCGGUGGUGAUGGUGAUGAGAACCCAAGUUGGCAAAGAGAAAAUAUAUAUAAAAUAUAUUUAAAUGCCAAUUUUUCAACUCCCCAUUGUGCCUAAAUAUUUAUCGUUCUACUCAAUAUAUUUGUACUGGUCAUUCUAUCUUCAAAAAUAAAAAAAUAUAUAUGCUUUAACAGGCAUCCGAAACAUUGCCAGAUGGGCUGGAGAUUUUUGAGCAACCCAAUGUUUGGUAUAAUAUUUUUAUAUUUCUUAAGUACAACUCAUUGAUGCUGAAGUUUUGUACAUUUUCUUUAUCAGAGCUUUUAUAUAGUAAAAUAUGAAAUGAAAUUGCUGCACAAGAAUCUGGCAAAGCUGUAUCGAUAGGCUUUUUUGUUCAUUUGUUUUGUUUUGUUGUUUUGUUUUGCUUCAACUGUUACAAAGAGCUUUUUAGUUUGGUUUGAGAAUAAAGUUGUAAAUUAUG